UAACUGAAUUUCCCCUCAUCCUUUGUAGCAUUACUAAGAGAAAGGUACCGGUCAGCUGGAUACCGAACUACGCAGCCCAAUCAUGAAAGUUGCAGUAGCGCUAUUUUCGGUAUUUUUUGCCGCAUUCACCGUCGAUGCAACCGUUUACUUCAAAGAACAAUUUCUAGAUGGAGACGCCUGGAAGAGCCGUUGGUUGGAAUCCCAGCACAAAUCGGACUACGGACAGUGGAAGCUGACCGCUGGGAAUUUCUACGGGGAUGCUGAGAAGGACAAAGGCCUCCAGACGAGCCAGGAUGCCCAUUUCUACGCCCUGUCGGCGCGCUUCGAGCCCUUCAGCAACGAGGGCAAGCCGCUGGUCAUCCAGUUCACCGUGAAGCACGAGCAGAAGAUCGACUGUGGCGGGGGCUACGUGAAGGUGUUCCCUGCAGACCUGGACCAGGCCCGCAUGCACGGGGACUCGGAGUACUACGUCAUGUUCGGGCCGGAUAUCUGUGGCUACAGCACUAAGAAGGUUCAUGUGAUCUUCAACUACAAGGGGAAGAACCACCUCAUCAAGAAGGAGAUCAAAUGCAAGGACGACGAGCUCACGCACCUCUACACCCUAAUCCUGCACCCUGACCAGACCUACGAGGUGAAGAUCGAUGGCGAGAAGGUGGAGUCGGGGAGUCUGGAGGAGGACUGGGACUUCCUGCCCUCCAAAAAGAUCAAGGACCCCGACGCCAAGAAGCCCGAGGACUGGGACGACCGAGCCAAGGUGGACGACCCCGAGGACACCAAACCAGAGGAUUGGGAGAAGCCAGAGAACAUUCCGGAUCCCGACGCCAAGAAGCCCAGCGACUGGGACGAGGACAUGGACGGGGAGUGGGAGCCACCCAUGAUCCCAAACCCCGAGUACAAGGGGGAGUGGAAGCCCAAACAGAUCGACAACCCCAACUACAAGGGCGUGUGGGUGCACCCCGAGAUCGACAACCCCGAGUACCAGGCCGACGCCAACAUCUACAAGUUCGACAACAUUGGGGUGCUUGGCCUGGACCUGUGGCAGGUGAAGUCCGGAACCAUCUUUGAUAACUUCCUGAUCACAGAUGAUGUGAAGGAGGCCGAGGACUUUGGGAAUGAGACCUGGGGGGUCACCAAGGAGCCAGAAAAGAAAAUGAAGGAGGCAGAGGAGGAGAAGAAAAGAAAGGAGGAGGAAGAGAAGAACAAGGAGCAGGGCACAGAGGCUGGGGAUGAAGAUGAGGAAGAGGAGGAGGAGGAGGAUGAUGAUGAGCCCACGGCAGCUGAAGAGCAGGAUGAGGAGGAUGAAGAGGGCGAGGACAUUCCAACAAAAGAUGAGCUGUAACCAGGCUCUCUGUGACCCCCCCACCCCCACCCCCCCCAGCAAAUAAACCUGCUCAGGGAGACUGUGCUGCAUCCUGACCUUGCCCUGCCCCCGCCCCCCCUCCCUUUUUAUUUUAUUAUUUUUUUGGUGGUGAUGGUGGGGGGGUGUUGGAAGAUGUUGAUUAUGACAGGUUUUUAUUGAUUCUCAAAGUUCAUUGAUUGGUGUGGGGUGGAGGGAUGGGGGUGCCCUCAUGGAAGUACAUUUUCAGGGAUAUUUGUGUACUCUUGCCUGCCCCUAGAGGCCCUGUGCAGAAGCGCAGGCAUCCAGGAAGACCGCAGAUGUUGUCCAUUGUUGCUGCUGACUCUUCAUCUUCGUCAUCAUCGCCACCAGUGAAAAGCCUUCAUUAGUUCAAUCUUAAUUUCUGUGUUUAUUUUCUUUGGGAAAGGGAAAGUGGGCAUAUCAUUUGUAGAGAAUUUGCACUUUUAAUUUUUAUUUUUUUAUAAUCUUUUGCCAUUCAUAAAGCCUUACUGUUAUUUUUCUGAAUGACAGAGUCAGAUGGGGUGAUAUCAGUUUGUUUUAGAACCUUCUGUCUUCAUCCACUCACUCAGAGGAUUUUUCUGGCUUUUUCUUGUCAAUCUGACUUAAGAACAUGAAGGAUUCUACGGGCUUUUAAUCGGGUUAGCAAGACAAUCUGCACAGGUGACCUCCAAUAACUCUGAUUGGCUGGUUAACGCGACACAGAAUUCUGUCCAAUCAUUGUGAAGCAUCAUUUUUCCAUAGUGCCUAUUGUGCUGAUGCUAACGUUUGUUUUGUAUGGAACGCUUGCAUUUGACAUUCUCAGUGUAAAGUGGACUGCUGUGACUGUCUUUAAUUUAGAGUUAAAAUGCAGAACUUGGCUUACUGUGGCCAGGCAUUAAACGAUUCCUAUUCUUGAAUAGAUUUAAAUUAUUGCAGCGAUGCUGUAAAAAUGUAGCUUGCAGAGCCAAAGUUUGACAGGUGGAGCUUUUGUUAGUUUUGUGGUACAUGUGUGUCUGUGUGUGUGUGUGUCUGUGUGUGCGUGUGUUUGUGUUUCUUUCAUUUAGCUAGAUUCCAUGUACACUGACGUGUCCAGUGAAAGCUCGAUUAUUAGCGAAGUUGUGUAACUUUAGACAUUUUCUGCGAUCAGGAUUAAUUGUGUUUAUGCUAAGUUUUAUUAAAAAAUAUAACGCC